AUGGCUGUUCUGGCACCAGAGAAAGGACUCUCCGCUGAUGCGAACGUCCAAACAACCGGGAUCAACUGCCAAGGACGGAACCAACGACAUGCUCCUGAGCGUUUUGAACCAGUUGCCAUUAUUGGGGUGGCAAUGCGUCUCCCUGGGCGCGUCAGGAAUGAGACAGAUUUCUGGAACCUCCUUUCCGCAAAGAAAAGCGGACUCUGCAACGUACCCCAAAACCGGUUCAACAUCGAUGGGUUCUAUGACCCGUCUGGCACGACUGGAACUAUCCCCAUCAACAAAGGGUACUUCCUUGAAGACGUAGAUAUCCAACAAUUCGACACCACCGUUUUCCCGAUAUCAAAGAAGGAGCUGGAGCGUCUGGACCCUUCUCAACGACAACUUCUUCAAGUCGCAUAUGAGUGUUUCGAAAGCGCCGGUGUGUCUUCGUGGCGCGGCAGCAGUACCGGGUGCUACGUUGGCGAGUUUGGCGAGGACUGGGCCGAUGUGAACGCGAAAGAGACGCAGCACAGAGGCAGUUACCGCGGCACCGGGUUCGGUGACUUCGCCAUGAGCAACAGGGUCUCGUACGAGUUUGGCUUGCGCGGCCCCAGCAUGACCGUCAAGACGGCAUGCUCGUCCUCGCUUGUCGGUCUUGAUCUGGCUUGCGAGGCGAUCCAGAGCGGGGAGUGUGAUAGCGCGCUCGUAGGAGGCACCAGCUUGAUGUUUUCACCGACCACGUGGAUGGCGCUCAAUGACAUGGGCUUGCUCUCUCAAGAAUAA